CACUCACAAGUAAACAACAGCCACCAUGAUGUCUCUGCGAGGGCUGGUGAUGUUGGUAGUGGUGAUGACUGUGGUGGGAGUGGUCAUAGCCGACCCUGAUCCCUCUGCUGGAUAUCGUCGUAAAUUUGGCGGAGGUGGAUUCGGUGGAUUUGGUGGUGGUGGACUUGGUGGAUUCGGAGGUGGUGGACUUGGUGGUGGACUUGGCGGAGGAUUCGGUAGCGGCGGAUUUGGUGGCGGUGGAUUUGGGGGUAAAUUCGGAGGCCUUGGUGGAGGUCAUGGUGGCUACCAUGGGUAGAACAGUUGGAGAGAACACUGAAUGGACACCUCAGCGACACCUUUAUGAGAACGACCUCAACAACGAUCGUCUUCCACUGAAGCCACUACUACCCGUGGACAAUGUUUAAACAUUUACAUUAGUCUUCCUUAACAAGCUAUUGCAUUAUC